GGUAGUUCUUCAUUGCAGUGCUUAUCUUCUCCUCCUGCUUCGUUCACCGUCCCGAAUUAUCAUAGCAAAGCUCUGGUUAAACUUAAACCCUCCCCGUGCUUUGGUGUUAAUCGCUAGCGUCCUCUCGCGCCAUGCAUCCCCCUCCCCCACACCAGCUGUCCACCUAACCUUGUCACCCACACGUACGCGCGCGCGCGAACCCUACCGCGACGCUCAAAGGCAAAGCCAUGGACACGCCGCGGCUGCGGUCACCACGUCCACCUCAACUGCUGUCCAGGCCGCCAACCCCGCCUCUCCCUCCCCCACCGCCGCCCCUCUCCGCCGCCACCUCCCCCUUCCGCGACGACCUCUCCUUCCCCUUCCCCUCCCCAUUCGGCGGCCACCACCUCCUCCCCCCGCUCCCCAUGUCCCGCACCCCCGUCGGCCGCGUCGGCAGCGACCUCAACCACGCCAGAACGGGCCACCGUCACGCCACCACGAGCGACGACAGCGAGAGCAGCAAGGACAGGGACAGGGAUAAUAGGGCCAGGAGCAAGGCCUCGCCUUUCCUCUCAGGUCUCGCCGCCGCGUGGAGAAAGGAGAGCACCGGCAGCAGCGACGCCGCGGGAAAGCAGCAGGCCGAGGACAGGAGGAAGGACAAGGCGAAGAGAGCGCUGGACGUGGGCCAGUGGCUGAAGAGGCACAUGGCGUCCAUGGUGGAGCAGCUGCGUGCCUCCUUCUCCCGGCAGGCGGAGAGGGACAGGCAGGAGCAGCGGCGCCGGCCGCACUCGUUCUCGGGGCACGGCCCGGGCGCCGCGAGGGAGAUGAGGGAGCGGGAGCGGUGGAGGCGGCGGCGGGGGCAGCUGUCGUCGGCGCCGGCGUCGCUGCGGGUGUCGCCGGCGAACAGCGGGCACCUGUCGGUGGGCGGGUCGGUGAAGGUGUCGACGUCGUCGGAGGAGAGCACCAUGGAGGAGCUGCAGAGCGCCAUCCAGGCCGCCAUCGCGCACUGCAAGAACUCCAUCGCGACCAAGCAGACGGCGGCGGCCGGGGACGACAGCAAGCUUCAGUAAACCGUAGCUGGUAGGGGCGGCGCCGCUCGUGCGACGUACGUGUGGCAUAUGGUCGAGCUUUAUUUGGAGAUACGUGUGGCUUGUGAUCGUGCGACAACAAGUUCAGAAGCCGAGGGGUUUGGUUGGAUCACUCGCGAGAGCAUGUAAAUUAAGAUGUAAGAACAGAUGAAAAACGGCAUACAGAUAGUGUAUUUUUGCAAAACCUCGAAAUUUAUUGUAAGAGCAAUUUUCUUGUGUUUGUGCUUCGGCA